AUUUAGGUGUUUCUGAGGACAGUGUGUGUGUGUCGCACUCCUCAACAUCCAGGAUCAAGUCAUUUGAUUCUCUCAACACUCAGAGUCGCUCCUCGAAACUGCAUCAGCCUCAGUACCGCAGCCUGGACAUGUCGGAGGGCAGUGGGUGUGUCCAGUUGCUGGUCAAGGCACGCUUCCCCUUCCAGCAGACCAAUGAGGAUGAGCUCUCUUUCGGCAAGGGUGACAUCAUCAGCGUGAGCAGGCAGGAGGAUGGGGGCUGGUGGGAAGGCUCGUACAACGGCAAAUCUGGAUGGUUCCCCAGUAACUAUGUGCGGGAGCUUAAAGGAAGUGAUAAAACAUUAGACAAGCCAAAGUCUGGGACUUUAAAAAGCCCACCCAAGGGUUUUGACACCACGAUCAUCAGUAAGACGUACUACAACGUGGUCCUACAGAACAUCCUGGAAGCAGAGACUGAAUACUCCAGAGAACUACAGAGUCUCCUGGGCUCAUACCUGCGCUCACUUCACCCCACAGACAGACUCAGCAGCGUCGACAUCGGUCACAUUCAAGGAAAUCUGGAGGAGAUCUCGACCUUCCAACAGAUGCUGGUUCAGUCCUUAGAGGAACACACAAAACUCCCAGAGAGCCAGCAGAGGAUCGGGGGGUUCUUCCUUGGUCUGAUUCCCCAGAUGAAGAACCUCUACAUGGCCUACUGCUCCAGCCACCCGUCUGCUGUCAGUGUGCUCACACAACACAGUGAGGUGCUCGGGGAGUACAUGGAGUCAAAGGGGGCGUCCACUCCAGGGAUCCUGACUCUAACCACGAGUCUGAGUAAACCCUUCACCAGACUGGAGAGAUACCCGACGCUGCUGAAAGAACUGGACAGACACAUGGAGGACCAACACCCUGACAGAGCUGAUCUCCAUGCUUCAAUGACAUCCUUCAAAACACUUUCAGCUCAGUGUCAGGAGGUGAGGAAGAAGAAGGACCUGGAGUUGCAGAUUUUAACAGAGCCAAUCAGAAACUGGGAGGGGGAUGACAUCAGAACCCUGGGCCCCGUCCAGCACAUGUCUCAGGCCACAGUCCACACGCAGAACUGUCAGGAGUCAAACGAACGCUACCUCGUCCUCUUCCCUCACACUCUGCUCGUUCUAUCUGCCAGCCUGCGAAUGAGUGGAUUCAUCUACCAGGGGAGGAUGCCACUGUCAGGGAUGCUCAUCUCCAGAAUAGAGGACGGAGAAAACCUGAAGAACGCCUUUGAAAUAUCUGGUUGUCAGAGUGAGCGGAUGCAGGUGGUGUGUAACACUCAGCAGGACCUACAGGAAUGGCUGGACCUUCUCACCAAACACACACACACUCCAGCUGCACUCGCACACAAACAUCAGUCCGUCUGUCACACAUUGCCCUCUCACCCGGUCACCCCCACCAGACACUCUGAGUCACGUGGAGGGAGCAGCGGACACACCUACCACACCCUUCCCCAUCCCGCCUCAUACGGGACGCCACACGGUAGCAACCCAAUGUGGGGUCCCCUUGAGCCACCGAGCACCCCCAAACCCUGGAGCCUGAGCUGCCUUCGCCCUGCGCCUCCGCUUCGGCCGUGUGCUGCUCUCUGCAUCAAGGAGGAUUUGAGCAAAAGUCCUAAAAACAUGAAGAAGCUGCUUCCGAAGAGGAAGCCAGAGAGGAAACCUUCAGAAGAGGACUUCACUGUCAGAAAGAGCACCGUAGCUCUAGAGGAGGACGCUCAGAUCCUGAAAGUGAUCGAGGCGUACUGCACCAGCGCCAAGACACGACAGACUCUCAACUCCACUUGGCAAGGGACUGACCUCAUGCACAACCAUGUACUCGCUGACACCAACCUCACCCUUGCUGGUUUCCAUGGCAGCCUGCCAUGUUCCGACCAAUCAGAGGACUCGGAUUAUGACAGUAUCUGGACAGCCCAAAGUUUUAGGACUGCCUCGUUUUCUCGCUCCAGCAGGAAGGACGUUCACAUGUUGUUUCCAGAGGAGGAGAAGAUAAUAGUGGAGGAAACCAGGAGCAACGGACAGACUGUGGUGGAGGAGAGGAGUUUGGUGGACACUGUCUACAGCCUCAAGGAUGAAGUUCAGGAACUCAAACAGGACAAUAAGAGGAUGAAGAGGACGCUAGAGGAGGAGCAGCGAGCGAGGAAGGAGCUGGAGAGGAUCAUCAGGAGGGUUCUGAAGAACCUGGACGACCCAACCUGGGACGAGACAAACCUCUGAGAUCAUUGUGGAUCCAAACAUCGUGGACAGGAUUGAGACUCUAAAAGACUGAAUGGCUUGAGUAAAAUGUAGUUCAACCUGUGCGAACAGAAACUGCCAACACUCCAUCGUGUUAUUCAACAUGUCUUCACCAUUUCCACUUUAACCCUUACAAUUCCCUGCACACUACACUCUGGACCAAGAGACGAAGCCUGCUGGCCAUCAGCGAAGCCUUCACAUCUGACUUUAAAGCUGUGAAGCCAAAAUAGCUGGUAGGCAUGAUGACAUCACUUCCUGUCAUGGUCCUUUUCCACUUUCUUUCAGCCUUUGGCGUGCCGACGAAAAAAUCUCUUUUACUUUCUUGCAAGUAUAAAAUUUAUCGCCAGGAAAGUAUUUUAUUUACUGACCUGGUGCAUUAAUUAGAACGAUACAUGAGUUUAUAUAUUUCAUAAAAACUAGAAACAUACAUUUUUGAUUAGCAGCGAUUUAAUCUGAAAUCCAAAUGUUAAAGAAACAUUUAAAAUUAUUAUUUGUGAAAACACAUUUUAAGCUUAAAUUACCAGCACUUAAAAGUGGCCUCAUAUUUUUCAGGAUGACAUGAAAGUUCUGAGUGUUAAUUGAAUUUAUUGAAUUUUAGAUGAUAUAUAGUGAGUUUAUCCAAUCAAAAAAACUUGCUACUGUCAAAUGGAAGCUGGAGGGAGAUUUUCUCAGGAAUCAACCAUCAGGGAGUUUCAGGUUCCACUCAGCAUCCAUUUCAGAUUUCAUGGAGAAAGCAAUAUCUAAAGGUAAAAGAAACGUGUUUGAGCCAAAUGAGCUGCAAGAACCAGUUUCACAAGGCUCAGCACAGCAAGAAGGCAAAUGAAUAGUUGUGUCUGUGCUGAACUUGUAACCAAAACUUUCAGAUUCACCUGUUUACCUGUGUGUGAAUUUGAGAAAGCUUACAAGGUAAACACACUGUUAAAUGUUAUACAUCCGCCCAAAGCUGCAGUAAAAUACAUGAGAGUAACAGAAACAUCAUUGCAACCAUUUGCAGUUAAUUUAGAAAACAUAGGCAGAAUCUUGUCUACCAGCAGUAUAUUUUAUAUUCCUACCAAAUAUCACUUGAAAUAUGUAAGCUUUUAUUGUGAAAAAUAACCGUAGCAUUGCCUCUAACAGUCCUUGCAAUGCUCAACACAUUAUUUUGGAGCUUUAUAUCAUGUGUCAAAACACUAACAAGCUGUUAUGGAAAAUGAUUUGUUUAUGUUUUAAAACAAAGUGUCUCUUAAGUGUGAUAAGAACUAUCUCAAAUCACAGAAAAUCCUUUUUGAGAAAAACAUAUUAACAA